ACAUAACUUGGUUCUAUGUAUGUCUUUACUUGUGUUUCUCAGAAUCAUAUUGCUGUCCUCUUUCCAGUCGUUUACUCCACCUCUCUACUAGUUUCUUUCACAUUAUUUAUUUUAUUGUGACUGUUAAAAACAUCAGUCUCCUAUGUUGUAGCAAUCUACUAGUUUGUUUAGUUGUUAGUCUCAUUAUUACAAAAUAACAUAAACGAAAAAAAAGAAAUAUAUAUAUGCAAGUAAUAUUUGUUAUAUCGGCAUAACUUAACAUUAUAAAUGCUAUCUAGACUAGAUAUGUGUGUAAAUAUAUGCAUGCAAACUAUGUAUUUAUGUCAUUAGUAAAGUAUACUUUUCUCUGAUGAUAUUAAUUAGUAAAGGGUUUAAAGUAAAACUCUAGUUAAAUGACAUUGAACUAAUAUUUACGGAAUUAGAAAAGCAUAAUAAUAAUAAAUAGUUGUAAGCAUCUAUAUUAUUUGUUUGCAUCGAUCUAUUUAUGUGUUGUGUUAUUGGAGAUGAUGAUGGCUCUAGUAGUGUACAUGACACCUCAAUUAGAAGAAAAACAAAUUCAAUCGGAAUCAAAAUCUCCACUGGAAUCCUGCAAACAACUGUCAUCAUAUCGUCAACAACAGCAACGUGAAGAACAACAAUUAAAAGUGAAAAUUCUAGGUCUUUCAGGGGAUGAUAAAAAGAAAGUCAAUUGUAUUUGUUGCUGGACAGACGGAGGAAGAUCACAAGUUCGUGUGUCGUGAAGCUGUUGAGACGAAGCGACACAGUAGGAACGUGUGAGGUGAGAUUAGAAAAAUACAUAACAAAAACAAAACAAAACAAAAAAAAGACAAACGGUGAUAACGAGAAAAGCAAGAAAACUACAAUAAAAAAAGAUUAAAUUAAAGCAACAAAAGGGGAGGGGGGUACAAAAAGGAGGUGAAGUAUUAGUAUAGGUUGUAGAGGGGGUAGCAGUAGUAAUAGAAGUAGGAAGAGGUGAGACGAAGAAGCAUGCACCAGUCGUUAAGGUCCGUUUAGAAUACCUCCAGUGUUUACUGCUACCACCACUAUUUUGUUACUACUCUGGUGGUAACGUCUACUCUAACCGCACCCCUAUUUUUUGCUACUACGUCGUAAGGAGUUGUAGUAGUGGUUGUGGGAUAGGGAAAAAAAAACUAUUGUAAAAGACCACCACCACCACCACCAUCAUCAUCACUACGUCUUGCAAUAUUACUAUUACUAACACCACUACUACUGCGACUACCACCGUUGUUACACCUACUACCACCACUACUACUUGCAUUGGCACUACUACCACCACGUCUGGUCUGGUCCGUGUCAUAGUAAUAAUAUCCAGCAAUACUACUGCUGCAUUACACCAUCAUUGCAUCUGUGAAGCCAGCAGGAGCAGUAGUAGUAGUAGUUGUAGUAGUAGCAGUAGUAGUGAUAGCACCACUACUACUACUGCUGCUGCAGCCGUCAACUAAAGGCGAUAGUAGCCUUUGGGGGGAAAACAAAAAAACAAAAAAAAAAAUAUUCAGUAACUGGACGGACGGACGACAACAACACCAGCGAGCAACAGCAAAAACGAAGGAAAAAGAGAGACAAAAAUAAGGAUAUUUUAGUUUUGGAGUUGGAGGAGGGAGAAAAAAGAAAGGAAAAUUAAUAACAAUCAUAAUAAUAGUAGUAGUAAUAGUAAUCAUCAUCAUCAUCAUAAUAAGCAUUGAACUACCAGUCAUCUCUCUCCCCCCACUCCCCUCACCUUUCAAAACGUGAUAUUUGUUUUUUUUUCUUCUCUGCUCUCUCGUCCACCCCUCCACCAAAUAAUCGCAACAAACAGUGAUGUUUUCCACGUCCAGUGCAGCUAACGAGAGAUUGACCUAUGAUUACACCUGCGAAGCCAACGUAUCCAAGUGGCAAAACCUGUUCACUGCUUCCCUGCAAAAGGUUCAACGCCAAGUAAUUACCAAUCUAACAACACGAGAUGAAGCAUUGGAGUACAUCGAAAAGCUUUGUCUCCAGCUCCUUUUCACAUUGUGUGCAGUGCCAUUACAUACCAUCCAAGAUGUGGAGGAACGUGUACAAAAAAUCAUCCCCACAUCAAUUAAUGUAUGGACGAUACGAGAGGCACAAGGUGCCCUCGAGAAAGGCAAAAAGAACACGUUGGUUUUGCCAGUGGAGAAGGUACACAAUCUCCUCAUCAAGGAGGUUUUCCGUUACAAGGUAGAUUACCAAGUCUCUUUAUAUAUAGUUGCUGUUCUUGAAUAUAUUGCUGCUGACAUACUUAAGCUGACUGACAACUAUGUUAAAAACAUCAAACAUGUUUGUGUCACACAGCAAGAUAUUAAUGUUGCCAUGAAUGCCGAUAAGGGUCUCAUGAACCUUUUCUUUCCUGAUGAUGAUGAUAACCCAUCGUUAAUGCUUGAAGAAGAGCCAGUUCGACGAGAUUCAUUGUCUUAUGAAGAGAUUGUUAAAGAUUUUAUCCUUGAAGAGAACCAGUAUCUUCGAGAUUUAAACAUGAUCAUAAAAGUAUUUGCUGCACCAUUUGAAAAGGUUCUUCAGGCAAAAAAAAUGGAAGUAUUGUUUAGUAAUAUAAAAGAUAUAAUGGAAUGCAGCGCUAACCUACUUAGUUCAAUUGAAGACCAAAUGGAAAUAGCCGAAGAAAAUGAAGCACCAACAGCAGGAAUACCAUUUGUAGAAAUGGCUGAAGAAGAAGAAUUCUUUGUUUAUGAAAAGUAUAUGUCAGACAUGGUUUCAUCUGUUGGAAAAGAGCUUCAUGAUACACUUUUGCAGUUGACAGAAACUAUAGACUAUCAUACUUACACUUACAAUUUCAAAGAUGCUGUCAAAUAUGUACUUCCAAAACUGCUGCUUGGACCAAUUUAUCACUUGCUGCAUUAUUUUGAUGUUAUGAAGAUGAUGCAAGACACAAGCCCUAAUGAUGAAGAUAAAGAAUUUUUGGGACAAGCAAUUGGUUUAAUGGUUAAUUUAAAAACAUCUGUAGAAAAGAAGUUUGGAAAUAAUCUUGGCAAACGACGGCCAUGGGAAACCUCAUUACGAUUACAAGGUCAAAGUGGACGACAGGCAGCAUUGGCCAAAAUGAAUGAACUUCAGAAAAGUAUUGAUGGUUGGGAAGGCAAGGACAUUUGGCAAAGUUGCAAUGAAUUUAUUAUGGAGGGAAUAUUACUUAAAUAUACUGGCCGGCGUCCUACAGAACGGUAUGUGUUCCUCUUUGAUGGUUUGCUGGUAUUAUGUAAGCAAAAUCUUCGACGGUCUUCAACAAUGGGACCUGCACCAGAAUACAAACUCAAAGAGAAACAUUAUUUACGGAAGAUAGAAGUGGUGGACAAAGAAGAUACUGAAGAGUAUAAGCAUGCAUUUGAAAUUCAGAUCCGAGACCAUCCAAGUAUAAUUAUGCUGUGUAAAUCUAUAGACGAAAAGAACACUUGGAUGGCUGCAUUAAUUUCUCUACAAACAAGGAGUAUGUUGGAACGAACAUUAGACAAUAUAUUGAAGGAAGAAGAGAAAGAGCAUCCACUGCAGUUACCCCCACCAUUAAUAUAUAAGUUUGCUGUAGAAGACUCUAGUGACAACAUUGUGUUUGAAGAGAACCAAGAAGCAAGUGGAGAGAGUCCAUUAAUUAAAGGGGGAACUCUCCUUAAACUUGUUGAACGACUCACCUACCAUAUGUAUGCUGAUCCCAAAUUUGUACCAACAUUCCUCACAACCUAUAGAUCCUUCUGUACACCACAAACGCUGUUGGAUCUUUUAAUUGAACGAUUUGAUAUUCCUGAAUCGGAAGUGAAACAACAAAGUGAUGACAACCCCGCCUCUGGUGACCCCACCUCCCUUUCUUUACGUGAUCUCAAACGUCUUCGAAAAGAAUAUAUCAAACCUGUGCAGUUUCGAGUUUUAAAUGUUUUACGACAUUGGGUAGAACGCCACUUUUACGACUUUGAAAGAGACAAAAGUCUACUUCAGAAACUCUUCAGCUUUCUGGAUAGGAUUCAGGGUAAAGCUAUGAGGAAGAUGGCUCGGUCGAUUACAAAAGUAAUUUAUAGAAAGGUUGAGAGUAGUAGUACUGAGAGAGGAACAGUAUUACAAUCUGUACCACCUCCUUUUGAGUGGCAUUUGGCAUUUACAAGUGAAGAGUUUGAUCUCAUGACUUUACAUCCAAUAGAAAUUGCCCGUCAGGUAACACUAUUAGAAUUUGAUUUAUACCGAGCAGUGCAACCAUCUGAGUUGGUUGGCAGUGUAUGGAUCAAGAAGGAUAAAAACAAAACUUCACCAAACUUACUAAAGAUGAUUCACCACUCGACUAUGUUCACCUUCUGGUUAGAAAAAUGUAUUAUUGAAGCAGAGAAUUUUGAAGAGCGAGUUGCUGUUGUUUCUCGCAUUAUCGAAAUCCUGUUAGUAUUUCAAGACCUGAAUAAUUUUAAUGGUGUACUAGAAAUAGUAAGUGCUCUCAAUUCAGCUCCAGUAUUCAGGUUGGAGCACACUUUUGAGGAAAUUCCUAGUAAAAUGAUUCGAGCAUUUGAUGAGGCAAAAGAAUUGAAUUCUGACCACUUCAAAAAAUACAUAGAAAAAUUGCGAUCAAUAAAUCCGCCAUGUGUCCCUUUCCUUGGGAUGUAUCUCACGAACAUUUUAUUAACUGAGGAAGGUAAUCCUGAUUUUCUUCCUAAUCGACCUGAGGGUAUCAUAAACUUCAGUAAAAGGAGAAGAGUGGCAGAAAUUACAGGUGAAAUUCAGCAGUAUCAGAACCAACCUUAUUGUUUCAAGGUGGAACCUUCAAUUAGGGAGUUCUUUGUAAACCUUAAUCCACUUGGUGACCUAAGUGAAAAGGACUUCAAUGACUAUUUAUAUAACAAGUCUUUGGAUUUGGAGCCUCGUGGAGAAAAACAACCACGGAAAUAUCCAAGAAAAACUGAUUUUAAUUUGAAAUCUCCUGGAAUCAAACCGCAGUCUAACCGUCACAACACAACAACCCGCAGUCAUACAUUCAAUUUUGUUCCAUUUGGCCACCAGCGAGUCAAUGAAGAAGACACUGAAUUGAUACAACAACAUACUCCCCCAGCAACACCAAACACUCCACUCACCCCUACAACUACAGAUGGAAGUUACAGCUUUGCAAAUUCACUAUCUGUCUCAGGAAAUCUCAACCCUGUUUUUAAUAUAAUGUCUUUGAACUCUCCUCAAGAAGAACCUAUUCCACCUAUUCUGCCUCCUCCAUUGCCUCCAAGAAAGCGAGGCAAAGACUCUGUGUCUUCUAUCUUGGACUAUGUGCCUAAUAUGUCAAGUUCAUCAAUGGCCCUUGAACCACCUUCUCUACCUCCCAGGGACAAUCGUGAUAGCAUACCCCCACCUGUUCCACCUCGCAGGGAUGUGGGCUAUGGGACAUUAACACUAGCACAGAGCAUGCCUUUGUCUCGACCACACAGCCACCCCCACUACAACACCACCCCUCCAGAGCGGAAUUCCGAGCGGAACUAUACCAGUUCAAAUGAUUUCAAUGUUAACGGUGAUAACACUAUUCCAGAACUGCCUCCUAAGACAUACAAACAUAUACCCAGUUGGCAACAAAUCAGCUCAAAUUGAUGCCAGUUCUUUUUCCCUCCAUUGAGUCAAGAAAGAGCUGGAUUGCUAACCAACCACCUUGGAAUGAUCCAUUAAAACAAAACAAAAAAAAAACAACAAACAAACAAAGAAACAGAAAUAAUGCUACUUAAAAGAAACAGUUUUAAAAUAAUACACAGACAGAUGAAGAGAGAACAAAUCUUUAUGGAAAUCUGGCACAAACAAUUUGCUGUUUCACAAGCAUACACUUUCAACAGCCCCCCCAUCGUUCAAGUCUUGCUUGCUUCUCCUGGCUGCUGUCACUGGACAAAACUACUGCUGCUGCUGCUGUAACAUGAACGGCACAGCUGAAACUGUUGUCUCUGCUAAUUAAUACAACUGCUGACAUGAUAGCACGGUUGCAUCUGCUGCAGUCACUCCUGUUAAAUAACACUAUCAUCUUUUACAAUAAUUACUCGUACUACUUGCUGCUGCCCAGACGGCAGGAGUACCUCACAGCUGUAACAACUACUACUACUACUACUACUACUACUACUACUACUACUACUUUGUUGUUGGUUUUGUUGUUAAUCAUUAUUAUUAUUAUUAUUAUUAUUAUUAUUAUUAUUAUUAUUAUUAUUAUUACUACUAUUACUAUUAUUAUUAUCAUUACUAAUUCUACUACCACUACUACUACUACUGCUACUGCUGCCACCUAGACAGCAAUGGUCUCUGUUGCAGCCACUACUACUACUACUACUACUACUGCUAUUAUUACUAUUAUUACUACUGUCGCUGGUGGUAUUGCAUUGAAAUUCUUAGACAUACAUUGAUCUUGCACAACAUUUUGAUGCAAACAGAUGAAAAUGUAGGGAACAAUUCCCAAAUAAUUUGGCAGUAUAUAAAGUAGAUAAAAUAAUAAUAAUAAUAAUGAUGAUAAUAAUAAUAAUAAUAAUAAUGAUGAAAAUGAUAAUGAUAGUACGGAAAUUUUGCCCUCACACACUCGCACAUACACACAUGUAUGUAUACAUUGUGUGUGUGUGUGUGUGUGUAUGUAUAUAUACAUGCAUACACACAUACACAUUCAUGGUUAAAAUAACAACAAAAAAAACAAUUAGCCCCUUCCCCCGGCCCCUCAGUCCUCCUUGUAAUAGCAGUACAGAACAUUUUGAAUAGACAUGUGAAGUGGUUUGGGACAGUAACACUUAGAUAAAUCUGGGUGAUGGUUGCUGGAUGGUGGUGUUAUUUCUUGAUCCUGUGUUUUUUAAAAUGUUCAUGACAACAAAACAGCUAUUCCCAGCAUCUAGCCUUUAUUUAUUAUUAUCAUCAUUAUUGUUAUUAUUAUUAUUUCCAAUUUUUUUUUUUUUUUUUCUGACUUUUACCACUGGGUUCAAUGUCCCUGUGUUCAGUGUCUCUGAUCCUUAUAUCCUACUAUCUCUCUCUCUCUCUCUGAUUAUAAUUGUUUCUAAAUUUCUUACUAAUAUGCUAAUCCUUGAAUACCCUGAAGCAAAAUUAUUAAUCCUGCACUUCCAGAUGAUUUGUAUUUAAUUAGGCCAGGACACAGUAAAAUACUUAACAAAUAAUAUUAAUAAGAAUUUCUAUCAUUUUUCAAAUUCUUAAAUGACACACACACACACACAAUUUAACCCUUUAGCAUUCACAAUACUAAUGGUUAAUGGUAUAAACAAUGUUGGUCUGUUUAUAAGACAAUGAUGACAGUAAGACAAAAUACAUAAUUUCUUGUUUGUUAGUGAUGGUAGUUACAUAUGGUUCGCACAAACAUUUGCUGCCAUGAACCUGGCAAAUAUGAAUGAUGAAGGGUUAAAUUACAUAUAAAUCCUUUUUCAUGUAUUAGAUGCUGAGAAUUAUAUUGAAUAUUCUAAUUUUCAUAUUUCCUCAGAUUAGUAUAUUGUCAUUGGAUUGUAAUUUAAUAAUUUUGCUAGUAUAUUUGAAGUCUUUUUAGGUAAUCCCCUAUGCAAAACUUAAUUCUUUGGUGUGGGGCAUCUCAUUUCAAUCAAUAAAGACCAUCACUUUAAAAGCAUCUUUUCAUUUAAUUUUGUGUAGAUAUCUAAUUAAGGUUAAUCAGAGUCAUAAUGUCAAGUUUUAAAAAUCACUUUUCAUUGAAACUAAUUAUUUGAAAAAGUCUAACCAAAGAUAACGUUGUCCAAUGAAAACUUAGCUAUAAACCUUUAACUACAAUUAUCAGAUAUUGUCGUACACAAAACUGCUGUUCACGCAGUCUCAUGUGUGCUAUCAUAUCUAUGUAUGUACAAAAGUAUGUAUUUAUGUUUAUAUAUUUCUACAUACAUUAAAAAAGCACUAAAAAAAUUAAAAAUUCAUUUUACAAACUAGAAAAAUCAUUUGCAGCUGUUAAAACUCACUAAAAUAUACAGACCUUAUGUAGACAUUAUUUUGUUUUAUUAGCUUAUCUUUCUUUGUUUUUUCAAGAUAAAAGACUUGAAAAAUUCUUCAUAAAUACCUUUAUGCACCUCUCAUUUUCCCUCUUACACACACAUACACACUCUCUCUCUCUAUUUCUCUUUCUCUAUUUCUCUUUCUCUCUCUCUCUCUCUCUCUCUCUCUCUCUCUCUGAUAUUGUGUUUUAUUUUCUGCAGGAACUUUUCAUAUGACACUCAUCAGUAACAUUUUUAUUUUAAUCUAAACUUUGUAUUAGUUAUAAUAAAAGUGAAGAGCAUGUGUGUGUGUGUGCCUGUCUGUGUAUAUGCCUGCAUUCCUCUGUGUGUGUAGCAGGGUCCAAUUCCUGCAUGCUGUAACAAGCUCAAAGAAACUAAACAAAAAUGAAGAUGUGACUGUCAUAUGAAAAUGAAAAUGAAAAUUUCUGGUUCAAAAACUGUUGGUUCAAAACAAAGUGUAAAAUUUAUUACAUACCUACACACAUCUACAAAAUUCAGAUAUGGAAUAUGGAGCAAGAGUGUCUUUACAAUAUAUAUAUAUAUAUAUAUGCUGUCUGGAACAUUAAGUUAGGAAUAUUAUUUUAUGAUGUACUAAAACUAUUUAAAAGAUGAUUUCGUCUGUCCUUACAUUUUUCUCUUAUUUAAACAGAAACAAAAAACAUCUACCAAUUCACAUAUUUAAAAAAAAAAAAUAUUGCAGUGACUUAUUUUUAAUCCAGUUCAGCAAUUGUUUGGAAUUUUUUUUUUUAACCCUUUUCCUUCCCUGAAAAGACAAAAAGACAUACUACCUAUAAUUCUUUAGAAAUAUUUAGGUCAGCAACAUUUUAAAUAAUGCUAACUAUAAAUUCAUUGUCACUGAUCAGAAUUGUGGAAAUAGAUCUCGGUUCUCAACUAGGUUUAAACUCUGAAAUUUUAUACUGGAGGAGUACAGCAUUGGAGGAAUACAGCUUCUUUUAUUCGAGGAGUACAACUUCUUAUAAUGGAGGAACACAACCUAUAUUGGAGGAAUAUGACAUCUUAUAUAAAAUGGGCAUUUCCUAAAGUCAAAUUCUUUCCCCCUGUUAUAAGUUGCUUUCAACUUUAAAGUGUACAAAAGUAAACAAACAAAAGAAAAAAAAUCAAACAAAAAUUAAUAAAACAAAAGGCAGACAUUGAAAUGGGAUGGUAUCAGCUGCAGCAGCAAUAAUUUAUAAAUUGAUAAAUUCUGUUCUUCAAGGUGAAAAAAAAAAAGUAGCCGGAUUCAUUAUGGUUCUUUACUUUGUAUAAGAAAUAAAACAUGCAAAAUAUAACUACAA